CAAUGUCCAAAUCAAAAGCAAGUAGAGGUAUCAGGUAGGUAGUAUAAACUGUAAAGCUAGAAAAUGUGAAGAUAAGUAAUACUAUUUAUUUAUUUAGGUAGAAAUGGAAACAUAAUUACCAUUUCCCGCAUAUUUUUCCCAUCUCGGGAAGGCGAGGGUCGGUGGGCAAAAGAAGAAAGGCGAGGACGUCGUUUAAACCCUAAAUCCGAGACGUCUCUCCCCUCUAAACCCUAGAAAAGUAGAAAUAUCUUCUGCAUUUCCGCGCCUACUAAACCAGAUUUUUCAACAGUUGGGCUGAUGCGAAAGAUGGAAAGAAAUUGAAAUUCUAUAUAUUUUUAUUACUGUUUCUAUUUAAAUUCUGUGAAUGGAUGCACGGGAAGCUACAAGGUUAACUUCAUCUGAAGCUCAUGGAAUGAUGGUGGGUCCCAAUCCAUAUGGGUCGAGCAUACCCAACGGUUCAAUGCUCAGUCCCAACUCUGCAGGAUUGAUGCAGAGCAUGCGUCUUCCCUUCAAUUCUGUGAUCAAUUCUGUUUCCCGACCGUCGGAUUCUUCCAACUCGCCGUAUCAUGCCGAUGGGUCUUCAGGGGGUUUGAGACCAUGUGGGUUUAACAUGGGUGAGCCAAUGAAGAAGAAAAGAGGAAGACCCAGGAAAUAUGGACCUGACGGCAGCAUGGCAUUGGCAUUGGCUCCUCUAUCCUCGGUGGCUCCUUCACAUUCGACUACUCCCUCACAUCCAGUUACACCGUCAUCCGAACCUCCAUAUAAGCGGAACAGAGGGCGGCCUCCGGGUUCCGGAAAGAAGCAGCAACUGGAUGCUUUGGGGGCUGCUGGAAUUGCUUUUACUCCACAUAUCAUCACUGUCAAAGCUGGUGAGGAUGUAGCAUCAAAAAUUAUGGCCUUUUCACAGCAAGGAUCGCGCACAGUCUGUAUUCUAUCUGCAAAUGGUGCUAUCUGUAAUGUCACCCUUCGUCAACCUGCAACUUCUGGUGGCACUGUAACAUAUGAGGUUUGGUUGAAAAAAUGCUUUUAUUAAUCUAGGCUGCAUGUG